CACCACCACAGCCCCUGCUCUCCAAGAUGACACACCUCACGCAAACCGCCAUCGUCCAAACCCCCAAGGACAGCGACAACCCAACACAUCUCCCCCUCACCGUCUCCCCGACCGCCCCCAUCCCCUCCCCGCAAUCGCCACACCAUGUCCUCGUCCGCAUCCUGGCCGUCGCCCUGAACCCCAACGACCACAAGAUGGUGACCUACUUCAACAAGCCUGGCAGCAUCGCUGGCUGCGACCUCAGCGGCGUGAUUCAAACCUCCCACCCAGAGCACCCAGACCUGCCCGUCGGCACGCGCGUGUGCGGGGCCUUGUUCCCCUACAACCCCACCGACAAGGGCGACAACGGCUCGUUCGCGCAGUACUGCACCAUUGACGCGCGACUGCUGGUGAAGGUACCCUCGCACUGGAGCGACACCGAGGCAGCAGCGCUAGGCGUCGCGUGGUCGACAAUCUCGCUGGCGCUCAGCGAUCCGCAGGCGUUGGGGUUGGAGGGAUUGCCAUCGCGCACAGUGCAUCAGGCCGGCGAACCGGUCGUGGUGUAUGGCGGCGCAACUGCGUCCGGGACUUUCGCAUGCCAAAUGCUUAACCUAAUGGGCUACACCCCCCUAGCAAUAACAUCCCCACAAUCCGCCCCGCUGGCUCUGUCCUACGGCGCAAAGGGCACCGCAUCCUACACGGCCAAGGACUGCGUGGCCACGAUCCAAGCCCUCGCCGGAAAGCCCAUUCGAUAUGUACUCGACUGCAUCACGGACGCCGACUCCACGGCGCUGUGCUACAGCCUUCUAGCCCGCACGGGCGGCGUCUACGCCUGUCUCGAGGAGUGUCCCGCCGCGUGGCGGACCCGACGCGCCGUUCGCGUCAAGGAGGUAAUGGGGUUCCAGGUGCUGGGUACUGAUCUCAACCUCGGGGAGUCGGCGUACACCCGUCCAGGGGAUCCGGCGCUGCUGGCGAUCGGGAUGCAGUGGGCGAAGGAGGUGGAGGGGUUGAUGGCACGGCGGGAGAUCAAACCGCAUCCGCUGCGGGAGCUGAGCGGCGGGUGGGAGAGGAUUAUUGAGGGACUGGAGAUGUUGAGGAAGGGGGAGGUGAGGGGGGAGAAGCUUGUGGUGCGGAUUCCGCAGUAG